AUGUCUGUGAACUUGGUUUAUGCUCAGAUUUCAAGUCCAAGACAUAAUCACCAUGGCAUACCAUUACAGAGCGAUACUGUGGUCAACAAUGAUGUAGAAGAGAAGAGGGAAGUCAGGCAGAGAAGUCGUCACAGUGACGACUUGUUAGAACGCAAAGGUCUCAAUCCAAGAGAGGAUCCUAAAGUAGGCGAACUAACUAAAUCUCCCAGGUGGUCUUUAAGGACAGCCCUAAACCCAGAAUUCAUUGCACUAAUCCAGCUUAAAUAUUUUAAGGGCGUGAACAAAUAUGAUGAGGUCAUUGAUGAGAAAGGGUUGUUUGCUUCUAUACCCAUCUUGGCAGCUGUAGCAGCUGUGGGGCCUCUGAGCGCGGCGGGUGGCGACGCCACGAGCGGUUGGCUCAGCGUGUCGGUCAGCGUCCAUGAGACCCACAAGUUGCGGAGCAGCACGGGCUCCAUGAACAUCACACUGUUCCACAAGGCCUCGCACCCCGACUGCGUGCUGCGCAAGCACCGCAUGUUCACAGACGUCACGCUCUGGGCUGGCGACUGCGCCUUCCCCUGCCACCGCGCCGUGCUGGCCGCCUCUGGCUGCUACUUCGAGGCCAUGUUCAGCCACGGCCUGUGGGAGAGCCGCAACGACACGGUCAACUUCCAGGACAACCUGCACCCCGAGGUGCUGGAGCUGCUGCUGGACUUCGCCUACUCGUCCCGCAUCGUCAUCAAUGAGGAGAAUGCAGAGUCGCUGCUCGAGGCGGGCGACAUGCUGCAGUUCCACGACGUGCACGACGCUGCCGCCGAGUUCCUGGAGAAGAGCCUGUUCCCGUCCAACUGCCUGGGCAUGAUGCUGCUGUCGGACGCCCACCAGUGCCGCCGGCUCUACGAGUUCUCGUGGCGCAUGUGCCUGGUGCACUUUGAGGCCGUGCGGCAGAGCGAGGACUUCAACAGCCUGUCUAAGGACACCCUGCUGGACCUCAUCUCGAGUGACGAGCUGGAGGCGGAGGACGAGCGCGUGGUCUUCGAGGCCAUCCUGCAGUGGGUCAGGCACAACCCGGAGCAACGCAAGGCCCACCUGCCCGAGCUGCUGCGCGGCGUGCGGCUGGCCCUGCUGCCGUCCGACUGCCUGAAGGAGGCCGUGUCUGGCGAGGACCUGCUCAUGGCCGACGAGCGCACGCGGCUCAUCGUGGACGAGGCACUGCGCUGCAAGGCCCGCAUCCUACAGAACGACGGCGUGGUCACCAGCCCCUGUGCCCGGCCGCGCAGGGUCCAGAUACCGUUUCCCAGGGAGUAA